AUGGCCGCGAGCAGUUCAAGGGAUGACCCCAAACAACAAGGGGACUAUGACGAGACACUUACCGAUACGUCCUCAAAUGAGGAGCUUCUGGCCACUAUUCCCAAAGGCACCAUGGACCCGAUUUAUGAAGCCAAAGCAUUGUUGUUGAAUAAGGCCAUCCUUGACAUUGGAAUGGGAUGGUAUCAAUGGCAGCUAUUCAUUGUUAUUGGCUUCGGAUGGGCCAGUGAUAAUAUGUGGCCGAUUAUUACCUCCCUCAUCUUUACUCCUGUGAAAAAUGAGUUCAUGCCGUCAAAGGCUCCGCUUCUUACGCUUGCCCAAAACCUGGGGCUGCUGGUGGGUGCUGUCUUCUGGGGAUUUGGGUGCGACAUCUACGGGAGAAAAUGGGCCUUUAACUUGACAAUUGGGAUCACUGCCGUGUUUGGGCUAGCAGCAGCAGGUUCACCAUCCUUCUCUGCUAUUGGAGUCUUUGCAGCGUUGUGGUCUAUCGGAGUAGGGGGCAACUUACCCGUCGACUCGGCAAUCUUCCUUGAGUUCCUCCCAUCCACGCACCAGUACCUCCUUACCAUUCUUUCGAUCGACUGGGCCCUGGCACAAGUUCUGGCGAAUCUAGUUGCCUGGCCACUGCUCGGAAAUUAUUCCUGCCAGGAAAAUUCCGAAUGCACAAAGUCUGCUAACAUGGGCUGGAGGUACUUCCUGAUUGCCAUGGGAGGGCUAUCAAUGAUCAUGUUCCUCCUGCGAUUUACUUGCUUCACCAUUUUCGAGUCUCCAAAGUAUCUAAUGGGGAAAGGUCAGGAUGAAGAAGCAGUCCGGGUUGUGCAUGAAGUUGCCAGACGAAACGGCAAAGUUUCCACUCUUACUAUCGAAGACCUAGCCCGCAUAGGACCCCCCAUAAGGAGCAACGCCAAAGUUGCAGUGCAGCGAAAGCUGUCAAAGUUUGAUUUCAAGCAUGUGAAUGCGCUCUUUGAAUCUCCUACCUUAGCAUUUUCAACCUCAGUUAUAAUUGGUGUUUGGGCGUUCAUUGGUCUUGGAUUCCCUCUAUACAACGCAUUUCUGCCGUUUAUCCAAGCCUCUAGAGGUGCACAUUUUGGUGACAGCUCUACCUACAUUACUUAUAGGAACUCUCUCAUUAUUGCAGUCCUCGGAAUACCGGGCUCUCUUAUCGGAGGCGCACUGGUCGAGAUACCCUAUAUUGGCCGUAAAGGGGCCCUCUCAUUUUCCACCGCGAUGACAGGUGUCUUUCUCUUUUGCUCCACAACUGCAAUGACCUCUGAUGCGCUACUGGGUUGGAAUUGCGCCUACAACUUCAUGAGCAACAUCAUGUAUGCCGUUCUAUAUGCUUAUACGCCUGAGAUUUUCCCUACCAAGGACCGAGGAACGGGUAAUGCGUUGACUGCUGCGGCGAAUCGCAUUUUCGGCGUUAUGGCCCCCAUUAUUGCAAUGUUUGCCAAUCUUCAAACAGCCACACCCGUGUAUGUUAGCGGUGCCUUGUUCAUAGCGGCUGGUAUAUUAGUCCUGUUCCAGCCCUUUGAGUCCAGGGGGAAGGCUAGUUUGUGA